AGACUCAGCCAGGCGGAGUAACCACAAGCAGCCACAAGAUAACACUUAAAGGGGGAAACUUCACUACAGCGAAGGAUAAAUAUAAGGCCUGUCCUUCCAUCCUCGUUAUUCCAGGACAAGAACCUCGAAGGAAAGGAAGGAUGAAGGUUUCCCAGAUUGCAACAGUUCUGUUUGUCUUCGGGGGAUUAGGAUGCGUCUGUCCUACGGACACCAUCUACGGCCCUAAUUUCUUUGCCAGAGCCAUCUGUGAAAAGUCCCCUCUUGGAUUCAAAACCUGCCUGAAAAGGGCUGACCUCUGCCGGAACGCCUUCUCCCCAUCGACCUUACCUGAAUUCCGGGAUGCUGCCGAAAAAUGCACUCAAAUAAUUGGUGCCAUUAUGCCGGAAGUUGGAAAGGCGUUCGUACUUCAGAGGGAUAAUUCAACUACUGACCUUGUGCAAGCAAUAUUGGCGGACCCCAGCCUCUGGGCAGACUACAUGUCUUGCAUUACUUCAACCAAUCACGGAUGGCUAAACGGAGACGCCAAAGUUGUGGGCGUGACAGGAGGAAUGCGGGCGUGGCUGGAGGCCUGGGCGAGCGUGAGGAUUGGAUCUGAGGAGCACGACCUGGUGCAGGACGUAAUAACUGCCAUACAAGAAUGCCCAGAGGAAACGGAUGCAGCUUUGACGACAUGCCUUGUUCGUGCCUGUGUCAAGGUUUAAGGAGACCAGUUGCUUUGAGUACCGUCCACUUCGAGGGAAUUAUCCUUCCUCGAGACUAAAAUGGAAUUUCUGACAGAAGGAGGUUUGAUUUCAGAACUCAUAGGCAAAAGUUCGUCUUAUCAACGCUGUUAUCAAGUUAUUUGGAUUGUUCUCUGGGACCAAUAACUUGUGAAAUGUGGAACCUAAAAAUGAAUUUCUAUUAAGCGAUUGGAUUUCAAACACACAUUUUCAUAACUAAAAAACCAAUAAAUAAAUAAAUAAAUAAAGUAAAAAACAUAUGAAGUCACUAACUCACUUAUCCAAGAAAACUAUUUUGUUGCCAAGAACGAGAAAUUGUUCAUAUCGAAGUUUUUUCUCACAUCUUGACGCGCUGCAAAGUAAUAAGCAUAAUUUCCCUGUGCAUAUUGUGUAACGUACAAACCAUAGAUAGGCAAGAAUUGCAUUGGAGAAUGCAUUAUUAAAAGAAAUAAGUGUUCGUUAGUUCUGAUUGUUCCAAAAAGCUUUCUCUCUAUAAAA